AUGUCAGAAGAUUCAGAAAAGGAAGACUAUUCAGACAGAACAAUCAGUGAUGAAGAUGAAUCAGAUGAGGAUACCUUUAUGAAGUUUGUAAAUGAAGACAUCCAUCAGUGUGCACUUUUAACAGCUGACUCUAUUAGUGACCCAUUUUUCCCCGGGACUACACAGAUACUAUUGGAAUAUCAGCUAGGGAGAUGGGUGCCACGUCUUCGUGAACCACGAGAUUUAUAUGGUGUCUCUUCUUCUGGUCCGCUGAGCCCAACACGGUGGCCAUACCACUGUGAGGUCAUUGAUGAAAAAAUCGAACAUAUUGAUUGGACCCCUUUGAAUCCUGAGCCAAUGUACAUCCCCACGGGCCUGGAGAUGGAACCCCUUUAUGCAAACUCCAAGGAAGAAACUGUGGUUUAUCUAGCCGAAGAUGCCUACAAAGAGCCGUGUUUUGUGUAUUCCCGAGUUGGGGGCAACCGGACACCCUUGAAGCAGCCUGUGGAUAACUGUGACGAUACUUUGAUGUUUGAAGCAAGGUUUGAGAGUGGUAAUCUACAGAAGGUAGUCAAAGUGGCAGAAUAUGAAUACCAGCUGACUGUGCGACCUGACCUGUUCACAAAUAAACACACCCAGUGGUACUAUUUCCAAGUCACUAAUACUCAAGCAGGAAUAGUCUACAGAUUCACUAUUAUCAAUUUCACCAAGCCUGCUAGUCUUUAUAAUCGGGGUAUGCGCCCACUGUUUUAUUCUGAGAAAGAGGCCAGCGCUCAUAAUAUUGGCUGGCAGAGAAUAGGAGACCAAAUCAAGUAUUAUAGAAACAACCAGGGGCAAGAUAGGCAUCAUCAUUUUUCACUUACAUGGACAUUUCAAUUUCCACACAGUAAAGAUACCUGCUACUUUGCUCACUGCUAUCCGUACACUUACACAAACCUGCAAGAAUACCUGUCUGGCAUCAAUAAUGACCCAGUACGGUCAAAGUUUUGUAAAAUACGUGUGUUGUGCCACACAAUUGCUAGGAACAUGGUGUAUAUUUUAACGAUUACUACCCCCUUGAAGAACAGUGAGUCAAGAAAGCGGAAGGCUGUGAUUCUGACUGCAAGGGUACAUCCCGGAGAAACCAACAGCUCUUGGAUCAUGAAAGGCUUUCUAGAUUAUAUUUUAGGAAACUCAAGUGAUGCAAAGUUGCUUCGGGACACGUUCGUCUUCAAGGUGGUACCCAUGCUGAAUCCAGAUGGUGUGAUUGUAGGAAAUUAUCGUUGUUCCUUAGCUGGACGGGAUUUAAACCGUAACUAUACAUCUCUCCUGAAGGAAUCAUUUCCUUCUGUCUGGUAUACCCGGAACAUGAUCCGGAGAUUGAUGGAGAAACGAGAGGUUAUUUUGUAUUGUGACCUUCAUGGCCAUAGCAAGAAAGAGAACAUAUUCAUGUAUGGCUGUGAUGGUAGUGAUAGAUGUAAAGCAUUAUACUUACAGCAACGAAUCUUUCCACUUAUGCUGAGCAAAAAUUGUCCAGAUAAAUUUUCAUUCUCAUCCUGCAAGUUUAAUAUUCAAAAGAGCAAAGAGGGAACAGGAAGGGUGGUGAUGUGGAAAAUGGGAAUCAGGAACAGCUUCACCAUGGAGGCCACUUUUUGUGGAUCUACUCUGGGUAAUAAAAGAGGCACUCAUUUCAACACGAAAGACUUGGAGUCAAUGGGAUAUCACUUUUGUGAUUCUCUCUUGGACUACUGUGAUCCAGACCGAACCAAGUAUUAUCAGUGCCUGAGAGAAUUAGAAGAAAUGGAGAAGCAUAUAAACUUGGAAAAAGUCAUUGAUGAUUCAGAUACUUCUCUGAAAGAAAUCACAUUGGAUCUAGAGACUAGUAGCCAUGCCUCUGACAGUUCAGAAUCCAAUGACUCUCAGACUGAUCUUCUCAAGUUAAAUUCUCAGAUAAAAACCAAGAAAAUACAACUAAAAACAAAGAAGGAAAGAAACUCUACCAUAGCAAGACAUCAAAACAUCAGAGAAGAAGAGCAAGAGGUUUGUGAUAAAGGACAUUUAGUUCAAAGACACAAAGAAUCAGUUUCUGAUGUGACAGAUACACGGCCUUCUAUAUCAGAUGACUGUAUAUUUGAUUAUUUCAGAAGACAGCUCCCUAACCAAGCAAAAAUACCUGGACGAGUCCCUGCUUGGCUUCUAAAAAGGUAUGUGAGCUCCCAAACUAUGAUUCAGAAGCUUAGCAGAGACCAACAGAGAUAUGUUUUAGGAGCUCACAAGAAAAACCAGGAAACAGUUCAGCCCAGGAACAAUGAUUUGUAUGAAAACUGUGUCAAAGUGACAUCCUUGAAGUGUCCUCUGAGCAAACAGACUCGCAUUUGGACUGAGACGACAAGGAUACCAACAGAAGAUCUGCAUCACAAUUUAAAAAGCACUAUGAAAGAAUGUCCAUCUUUCCAAAGCAAGAAGGCUGAUAUAAACUGGACAGAUGAUGAAAAAAGAAUCUACAGGGAUAAAAAAAUAGCUGAAACUCAAGAAAUAUUGCAGUGUUUGCUCCCCAUCAUGCAGAGCACUAAAAAUGUGCAAACCACUCAGAUAACAGAGGUAUUCAACCCAAGAACCAGCUUUCAAAUCCAACAUCAACAAAAGCCAUCUUCUAACACAGACAUAAGGAAAUGCAGCGCAUCUUGGACGCCACCCAGAAAUCUCCCUUUGAUAAGCCAGAGGACUCUUACAAGAAGCGCUUCAAAAUGGUUUCAGUCUCUGUCCCGAAAGUCAUCUGAAAGUUCGCUGCCUCUCAGAGGGCCCAAGAGGAGGAAAAAAUAUUCUCGAGUCAAGGCCACAAAGACUAAAGACAUGAAAGCUGCCAGCAGCAAAUGGGAGAUGACUCCCUCAAGUUCUGAGAAGGAUGCAGACAAGAGUCUGCAAGCUGAAGGAUCCAGCCAGCAAGGCUCUAUGCAGACAGCCCCCCAUCCAACUAAAACUAAGGGAGGGCAGCCAAAAAAGAAGCAUGGACAGCCCACUUUUCACCUGAAGUUGCAGAGGGACAUAUAA